AUGGACUUCGUAAUGACCAUCGAAUCUGACGAUGAAUCACCGCCUCAACGCAGAAGUAGCAAGAAGCAGCAAGUGGAUGAUGCCGCCCACCUGGACCCCGAUUUCCAGUUUGAUGUAGCUGGCGAUCCCUACACCGAUUUUUUGGAGUUUGGAACGCAGCAGGAGGAUAUUGUGAAGAAGGUUUCUAAGCCAGAUCCUGUCUCAGUAGAUGAAAUCAUCGAAAGACACAAACUCAAGACACUGUCAAAAAGAAAACGCGAGCCAGAGAGCGAGGAUGAAGCUGAGGACGGUAUGGAGGAAAGUGAUGCCAGCGGUGCGGAGGACUUCCCUGAAACGGAUGGUUCGGGUGACGAAGAUGACCCCCUUGCCAGUUCCGGCGAUGAAAAUUACGAAAGCGCCGAGUCCGUAGUCGAGGAGGACGAGGAGCAGAGUGAUAAUGUUGAUGUGGAAUUGAAUUCCUCGGAUGAAUCAGAGGAAGAGACUCAAGUCGAAAAGGAUCGCAAAGAAGCAUUCUUUGAUUCGGAGGCAGCACCUACGGAGCAUCAUGCAUCUUUUCUAACCAUGAACCUUUCUCGCCCAAUUCACAAGGCGUUGGCCAAUCUCGGAUUUACUUCGCCAACACCUAUUCAAGCCGCGACCAUCCCUGUUGCUUUGCUGGGCAAAGAUGUUGUCGGAAAUGCUGUCACGGGUUCUGGAAAGACGGCUGCGUUUACUAUCCCUAUGCUGGAACGGCUGCUAUAUCGAGAAAAGGGGAAGCAUGCAGCAGCGACUCGGUGUCUGGUGCUGGUCCCGACAAGAGAAUUAGCUGUGCAGUGUUAUGAGGUUGGUUCUAAACUUGCAGCACACACCGACAUCCGCUUUUGCCUCAUCGUUGGUGGACUUUCCCUCAAAUCGCAAGAAGCAACUUUAAGGACUCGCCCAGACGUCAUCAUCGCAACUCCUGGACGGCUUAUCGAUCACUUGCGCAAUUCCCCUUCCUUCGCGCUCGAUGCACUGGAUGUUCUUGUUCUUGACGAAGCGGACCGCAUGCUUUCCGAUGGAUUUGCAGACGAGUUAGCCGAAAUCAUCAAAGCAUGUCCUGUUUCCCGUCAGACAAUGCUGUUUUCCGCUACAAUGACUGACACUAUUGAUGAACUGGUGAAGAUGUCUUUGAACAAGCCAGUACGCCUGUUCGUAGACCCAAAGCGAACCACGGCUCGAAGCCUUAUCCAAGAAUUCGUUCGUGUGCGAACGGAGAAAGAAGCAGAUCGGACUGCCCUGCUUGUAUCUCUAUGCAAGAGAACGUUCAGACAGCGCGUUAUCAUAUUCUACAAGAGCAAGAAGCUAGCACACCAGAUGCGCAUUGUUUUUGGUCUUCUUGAUAUGAAGGCCGAGGAGUUGCAUGGCGACCUCACUCAAGAACAGCGUCUCAGAGCUUUGCAGCUAUUUCGCGAUUCACAAGUAGAUUAUUUAAUGGCGACUGAUCUUGCUUCUCGUGGCUUAGAUAUCAAGGGCAUCGAGACCGUUAUCAAUUACGACAUGCCUAACACGUUGUCGCAAUACCUUCACCGAGUGGGUCGGACGGCCCGCGCAGGCAAGUCUGGUCGCUCAGUUACUCUAGUAGGAGAAGGAGACAGGAAAAUGCUCAAAGCAGCCAUCAAGCACAGUGCGGGCGAAGAUAACGUUCGUCACCGGGUUGUCCCUGCUGAUAUUUUUCCCAAAUGGGUCAAGAGGGUAGAGGCUCUGAGAGACGAGGUCGCAACAAUUCUUCAAGAAGAGAAGGAGGAAAAGCAGAUUCGGCAGGCGGAAAUGGAACUUAAGAAAGGACAAAAUAUGAUCGAGCAUCAAGAUGAGAUUUUCUCUCGGCCUGCUCGAACUUGGUUUCAGAGCGAAAAGGAGAAGGCAAAGGCAGUUGCCACGAGCAAACAGCAGCACGAGAGUGGAAUGGCACUCACGCCAAAGGGGAGACCCAAGGCUAUUGACGAGCCCAAGCCAAAAAGAGACAAGUUUGCUGGUCUGACCAGGAAGGCAAAGCGACGGAAGAUGGCAUUAGAAGCCGACAAGGAAUUAGGUGAGACAGGUGCUGUGAACGCUGCCAUUCGUUCCGCAAAGAAGGCUGCUCGUUCCGCCAAAAUUGGGAUUCCAGACCACCGAAACGUACCCGCUUCAAAAAGAACGAAGGCAAGAAAAGGGGCAUCAAGAACUGGUGGUAAUACAUUUGACAGGGAUUUAUCAUCGAAGGCAGCAAGGGGUGAAGGGGUGCGUGCCAAGAAGGGAGACACAAUCGGCGGGAUGGGCAAGCGCAAGGGGGGAAAACGGAGGGACAAAUAG